AUGAGGAAACAUGGAUGGCAGUUACCUUACCACCCUCUUCAGGUGGUGGCUUGUGCUGUGUUUUUGGCUCUGGGUUUUGCCUUCUACGUGUUCUUCGCUCCUUUUGUUGGAAAUAAGACAUAUCAGUACAUUGUUAUUGGCUUUUACUCACCACUGAUUACUAGUGUCUUUGGACUGUACAUUUGGUGUGCAGCAUCAGAUCCAGCAGAUCCAGGAGUUUUUAAGUCCAAAAAGUAUCUUAAAAUCCCAGACAAUGAAAAGCUUUCUGAAGUAAAGAAUUCUAAAUUAGGGGAAGAAUCAACUUUGUCAAUGCAUGAAGCAAAUGCAUCAACAGAUGGAGCUAAUUAUGUGGAUAAGGAGGCAUUGGGAACAAAAGGAACUUCGGAAAAUGCUUCAACUUCAGUGGAGAAGAGUACAUCAUCAUGCUCAUCCUGUAUCCUCUUGGUUUCUUCCCCUUGUGCUUAUAUCUGCAGCUGCUCAAGUUUAACUGAGAAAUCUUCAGAGAAACAAACAAGUGAAGAUGGUAUGUUCUAUUGCAGUUUGUGUGAAGUUGAGGUGCAUGAUAUACCACUUAAGCAUGGCAUUGAUGUAGGUUUCCAAGUACAGCAAGCACUGACUUGUGGUUCUUUGGUUUUGCAGUGGCUUAACAACUGUAUAGGAAAAAAAAACUAUCGACAAUUUUUCGCACUCAUGGUUGCUGCUAUGCUCUUGUUUAUUCUUCAAUGGUUGACUGGGAUUCUUGUGCUUAUCUGCUGUUUUGUCAAGAGGAAGCAAUUUUCUGUGGAUAUAUCCUCCAAGUUGGGAACCAGUUUCUCUCUGGUUCCAUUUGUUCUUGUGGUGUCUAUCUGCACCAUUCUUGCAAUCAUUGCUACCUUACCAGUUGUUCAGCUUUUCUUCUUUCAUAUCCUCCUCAUUAAAAAGGGACUCAGCACGUAUGAUUACAUCAUAGCUAUGAGGGAGCAGGAGCAGCUAGGAAAUGGAGGUCAGCAAAGUCCCCAAAUGUCAACUGUUAGCUCACUAACUGGAUUGAGCAGCGCAAGCUCCUUCAGUAAUUUACACCGAGGUGCGUGGUGCACCCCCCCACGCCUGUUACUUGAAGAUCAGUUUGAUGUGGUGCCCCCCGAAACAGGUUCUGUAAGUUCACUGGGAAAGAAGACAAUGAGAGAAAAUCCAGUGAAGAAAAAGAAUCCUGGAACAGUCAAAAUUAGUCCUUGGACAUUGGCACGCUUAAAUGCUGAAGAAACUUCCAAGGCUGCUGCAGAAGCAAGAAGAAAGUCCAAAGUUCUGCAGCCUGUAACGAGACAAGAUGAAGUUAUCAAGCUGGAAGCAGAGGGCAGUUUUGGUAGCAGUGGCCGAAAAAUGGUUCCCAGAAUUGAGAACAAUAAGAAGAGAGCUAGCAAGCGGGUUCAUCUUCCCGACUUGUCUAUGGAGUCCAUAACAAUAGUUUCUGCCAGUAAUACUGAUAAAGUUUUGAGUGGGAUGUCUAGGUUUGCCCCUCUACCGUUUGAAGCGCGCAGUGCAUUUAAAAUAAGUCAACCAAUGUCAAGCUCAGCUGGAAUUGUUCCUUCAUCACCUGAAAGCAGUUUAGACUCUCCUGAUAUUCGCCCUUAUGGGGUGUCCUCUUCGGGUACUGAAAAAGCAAGACAGCUUGCAGGCCCUUCAGCUGCUGGUGCUGCUGCAACUCUGAAAGAAAUUCCUCUGUCAAGUUCAACUAGUGAUGGUUACGAGGCUUCUGGCGGGGAAGACAGUGAUCGGAUUGUUCCUAGUAGGAUUGUUCAGAGAACUACAAAUUGGAGUAAUAUUCUUCAGAGCUGA